AUGUACCCCUUAAAAAUAAGUACGGACUUUAGCAUAGACGACAGUACAGAUUUCAAUAACGACACAGAUCUCGACAUAAAUGACGACAUAGAUUUUGGUAAAGAGGAUAAUAACAACAGCAAUAUUUUCAGUAAUGACGAGCUUGACGGCAAUAUUACUGAUAAAAAUGAUAAAGUACAAAUUCGUAGUAGUAAAAAAGGUUCAAAAAGUCAGGGAAGUGGUCGAUCUGUGAUGUAUCCACUUUUAGAACAUAAGCUUUAUAAGGAAUUUCUUGAGUUAAGAGAAAAAGGAAUUAAGAUCCGUAGUAUGUGGUUUAUGACACGUGCAAAACAGUUGUUUUCUGAUCUUUAUCCCAGGAAGUUUGAUGAUGAAGGCAAACUGUUAUUCAAGUUUUCAGAGGCUUGGUUUGAUGCUUUCAAGUUACGAUAUAAUAUUUCUCUUCGAUUAUUUCAUUAUUUUAUUCAUGAGCAAGCUGUAAAAGGCAAUAGCAUCAGGCUAUUGGGCAAAUGGAAGCUUAGUGGUAUUGCAAAUAUGGAUCAGACACUGAUAGAAUUUGACAUGUGUGCAAAAGAUGCAACUUAUGAAACCCGAGGAGCGAAAACUGUUUGGGUCAAAUCUAGUGGAUCAGGUCUUGAUAAGCGUCAAGCUACUGUACAACUCACAAUUUUUGUUGAUGGACUCAAACGUGUUCAACCACUAAUUGUAUUUUGUGGAAAAGACUUACAUAUCUCUCAGAAGAAAAAAAGUUCUUGGGAUCAUCGAGUUACAGUUCAAUUUCAGGACAAUGCUUGA